GGAACAAGGAAGAAAAGAAUCCAUCGAGUUUCCUCUGCUUCUUGUUCUGCGGUUAUCGAAGACUCUUUCAGGGUUCUAGGUUAAACUUGUUCAUUUUCGGUCUGGACUACGAAUUUUUGCAAUUAGUGCUUUCAUCUUCGAGAAACAAUCUUCAAUUCCAUUAUUAUUGUUGUUGUUGGUAAAGUAAAGCUUGUACAUCUGAAUCGAAGUUAGAAGAAGAAGAAGAAGAUGGGUGUGGGAAUAUCAGUGUUGAUAGCACUAAAAGCAGCUACGUUGUUGCUGUUUUUCGCGUACCUAAGAAAUCUGGGUUUCACGGUCUUAUCUAUACCCUUAUUGUACGCUUCGUUGGUGUCAAUGUUGGUUUCAAUAGCAUCACACCCAUCCAUUGACCUUCCAAUGCUUCUGGGGAAGAACCCUGAUGGCACCUUCCCCAUUUUGUCACUCAUCAUGUUCAGUCCUUAUCUCUACUUCGUUCGAAUCUUCUCAACACUGCGAAGAAUGAGAAGCGGAGAAGCUCCUUACACCAAAGUUCACGAGGGUCUCUAUGUUGGUGGGUGGCCAUCUUCACGUGACAAGUUGCCACCUGGUGAUCCUGCCAUCAUUGACUGCACUUGUGAGUUUCCGAGGUUGAUGAAUGUCUCUGCUGGGUUGCCAUAUAGGUGCAUUCCAACUUGGGACACUAGGUCUCCUCAACCUCAUGAUAUUGAAUCUGCUGUUAACUGGGCUUGUAGAAAGAGAGACCUCAAUAGGCCCAUUUUUAUCCACUGUGCUUAUGGUCAUGGAAGAAGUGUUGCUGUUAUGUGUGCCCUGUUAGUGGCACUAGGUAUCACAGAGGAUUGGAAAAAUGCUGAGAAGCUGAUCAAACAAAAACGGCCUUACAUUAGGAUGAAUGGUCUCCAUCGCAAGGCGCUUGAAGAAUGGUCCAAACACCGAUUAUCUGCGCCGAAGAAGCAUUGAGAUUUGGGUAUGGAUUCCUUGAGUAAAUCUCAUUCUUUUAGUCAAUUCACUGUAUGAUGGUUUUCCAAACAGUAGAUUCUCCUUGUUCUUUUAUCAUCAUGUUUCUCGAAACUACGCGUGGAAUAGUGGGAUUACAUGUUAUGAGAAGCUGGAACGUCUCAGACAUCAUUUUAUUGUGUAAUAUGCCCACGAAUAAUGACUCCAAGUGUAGUUUGCUGGUAAGUUAUGAUUUAUGUCAACUGUUGAACUGUCUAUGAUUCAAAGCUCAAUUUGUUCAUAGCAUAUGGUUUAGUUGUUGUCUUUCCUGAAAUUGUUAAGGACACGAUAGACAUGCGGGAAAUUUA